AGAUCCUCCGCACCCCUUCUUUCCUGCGCGACAGCAGGGGCAUUAGUGUUUCCCAAUGACACAACCAACCCUCUAUCCUUCUCAUUCUCCACCUGACAUUGAAGAAGAGGAACUAGAGGAUAUAUCACCUGGACCGAAUGGCCUCCAGCGUAAUGCGUUCAAGCGCCUGACGAGGGCGCACGCUGUGGUUAGGAGGUUCAAGGACGGCAUAGGUGAGAGAGGGAACGAAGACGUAGCGUCUGGGCUGGAACCCGAGGUUUUGUCAAAGUCUGCAGAGCGUAUCGAGGAGGUACAGAUACCCAACAACCCCGUACCUUCCAUCAACCUUACGCCAGCCGACAGGACCUUUUCUUCUCUACCGCGCUCCAAAAGUGUUCGUUUUCACCAGGUCGAUUGUCGUGUGGAGAAACCCGGGAUGGAGGAUAUGGUUGCACUUGAUUUGGACUUUCAAUUGCCGAGAUCCCGUCCGACACGAAAUGGGACAAGAGGAAGACGACUAGGGGGAGAGCUUUUGACACCGUCCUCCCCGCAAUCUUUCUCGAGUGGUUCACGUAGUCCGUCUCCAAUGUCCAGAAGGGUCGUCCGGAGCGUCACAGCCUUCCCCGCGAGACCAUCACUAUCUAGACGACAGACACUUGUUGUGACGAACGAGGAAGAGCUGAUGCGUGCAUUGAACGGAGGUCGACAGUUAAAUGAGACUGGAGAAGGGUGGAAGGUGGAAAACCCAGAGGAAAGCGAAGACGAAGAGUUUUUUGACGUUGAUGAUAAGGCAUGGGUCGAUGAAGAGCACUCCAAUUCGACAGAAUUGCAAAUUCCCACAGGACCUGACGUUUUGCGGCGAAAAAGUACGAUACGAAGGGGUUCGUGUAUACUUGCAACCCGUGGAGUGACUAUUACGCGUAAAACCACGCGACGGUUAUCGACUUUUGAGGAACCUUCAGAACGGAAUGCCCCAUUGCUUCAACGGAAAAUUACCAGGGUGGUUCGGUCAGCGACUAUUAUGAGGAAGCCUUUGGAACACGUUGAUGGUGUUGACAGGAAAAUGACUUUGAGGAGAGUGUCUACUGAUGUGCGAAGAGGCACGGUUAUUACGCGGAGAGCAGAGCAAAAUCUGAGUGUGUUACAGCAAAAUCAGGAGGAGGAGGUAGAGAAGGACGCACAUCGGGACUUGAAUACUGCAGAUUCUGACAAUGAUGACGACACUGAUAUUUUCCUCGAUGCGGACGAGACCCUCUGGAUAGAUGAGUGGUCCGACGAUGAAUCCGCACGCACCAUCACCAAGCUCAAACCCAGUGGCAAGAAGAGGUCCAAAAAACCCAAAAAGGGCGCAGUUGCCCGUCGUAGGACUACUCUCCUCGUUUCUCGUUCUUUUUACGAAACACUUGCUGCUCGUGCUGGAGAAACCAUUUCGCAUCUCGGAAAUGCGGCACAAGUCGCUGCGGGACCUGUUGCGGUUGUGGGCGGUGGCGAAAUGGCUGGGCUGUUGGCGACAGCUGGAGCGGUGGCGAGAGGGGUUGGUGGUGGAUUGGUUGGGAAAUUUGGAAGGCGGACGACACAAAUGCGCGUGGAAACAACUGCCGAUCUGCUCAACAAGUACACAACUGGCCAACUUCUUUCGACCGCUGCAGGUGCUCUAGGAGGGGAUGCCAUUGCCGAGAACAAAGCUGUCAAGGCAUUGAGUCAGGGGUUUGGGGCGGCUGUGGAGGGAGGUGUGGUCGCUGGAGUAGGAAGUUUGGUGGUAUCUGGCGUUGCAUUGAAUCUCUCUAAUGUCCUAUCAUCCAGUACAAACUAUAUUUCUAUGGCUGCCGAAGCUAUUGGACAUUUGGGUAAUGUGGCGCCGUUCCUACCGGGCGGAUUGCAGGGCGUUGCGGAGGCUGCUGGGGUUGUUGGGAGUGUUUUGGGGGGUGUCGGUGAAGGGGAUGAUAGUAGCAAUGAUAGCGGGGAGGAAGAGGGUAACGACGGCGAAGAGGGUGAUUAGUGGGGAUGCCAGCAUAGGGUUGUAUAUAGAGUUGUAGGAUCAUUAGAGUAGGUCUGCUAUCUUGGGCACUGCGGGGUAUAGGCUACUACUCUGCUGGCAAUGAGCCAAGAUAUUACAUAUAUUACAUUGAUAUA